GCGGGCGGGCGGCGCUGGGGCUUCCAGGCGCUGUCCCUGGUGCUGCUGCUGGGGCAGGGCGCGCUGCUGGACCUCUACCUGAUCGCCGUCACCGACCUGUACUGGUGCAGCUGGAUCGCCACCGACCUGGUGCUGGCGGCCGGCUGGGGCAUCUUCUUCUGCCGCAACAGCCGGGCCCGCCGCCGGGAGCGGCCCCCGCCGCCGCCUCCCGGGCCGCCGCCGCCGCACCCGCUGCUGCUGCACGGCCCCCCCGGCGGCCGCGGGGCCGGGGGCCGCGGGGCCGGCGCCCUCCCCCGCGGCGGCGACUUCGCCUACGCGCACCUCGCCUGGCUCAUCUACUCCAUCGCCUUCACGCCCAAGGCGGCGCUGAUCCUGGGCACCUCCAUCCUGGAGCUGAUCGAGCUGCGCCUGCCGCUGGGCACCACCGGCUUCCGCAUCACCCUGGCGCUCUCCGCCCCGCUGCUGUACUGCCUGCUGCGGGCCAUCGGCACCGAGGGCGCCGGGCAGCUGCUCCUGCCGCCGCAGCCGCCGCCGCAGCACCGCGCCGCCGCCGCCUUCCUCGCCACCUGCCUCGACCUCCUCGACAGCUUCUCGCUGCUGGAGCUGGUGCUGCAGCCCGGGCGGCCGGCGCCGCUGCCCGCUCCGCUGCGCUACCUCCUCAUCGCCGUCUACUUCCUCUGCCUGGCCUCGCCGGUGCUGUGGCUGUACGAGCUCAGCGCCGCCCGCCCCCCCGGCGCCGCCCGCCUCGCCCUCCACCUCCUGCUGCCCGCCGGGCUGCUGGACGCCCCGCUCCUGGCGCUCCGCUGCCUCCUGCUCCUGCGCUACCAGCAGCCGCUCUCCCUCUUCAUGCUGAAGAACCUCUUCUUCCUCGCCUGCCGCGGCCUGGAGGCGCUGGAGACCUGCUGCCUCCUCCGCCCCGCCGCCGGCCCGCCGCCCACCAAGUACGGCCCGGCCGCCGCCGCCCCCGCCGCCGCCGCCCCGCUGGCCCACGGGCUCUCCGACGCCGACGUGGGCCCCCACGGGUUCCCACCGCCGUGGCCGAGCAGGGGAAGGGGGCGCGGGCUGCCCCGUCGUCGGACUCCCGCUCUCCUCCUCCCUUUCCCGCGGACAGAUCCAGCAGCGGAAGCUCAGCGCAAACCCGACUACCUGCAGGAGCCUACGGCUGACGCUCGUCCCCGGCGAACACGCCUGCCCUUCACGACAAGUCUUCUUCUAGUGCUUCUGCCUCUCCAUGCUGUCUGGAGGGUCCCACUCUUCCCCUCCCGCUCCCCGCCAGGACAUCAUGUUGCUUUGUGACCAUAAAGGUUUCGGUUUGUUUUUUUUUUUUUUUUUUUUUGUUUUUUUUUUUUUUUUUUUUUCCUUUUCCUCCUAAACGACAGGGACCAGUGGAUUUUGUCCCCUCCUUUAAGAACUGCUGACCACAACGCCGAGAUGUGAGAGGGGCCUGACUGGCAGAGGCGUGCCUUCGGGGUGCGGGCAGCACAAAAGGAAGCACACUUUGGUUUCGUUAGGUCUUGCAAAGCUGCCGCCUCUGUUUCCCAGCAGCAGAGCUGCAGCGGGCCUUGGCGUAGCAGCUGGGAACCUCUGGGAGCACGCCGGCCGUCUGGCCGUUUCAAGCCUAGGAGCCACUUUCUCCAAGCCGAAAAUGUCUACCUCUGUGCUUCAACCUUUUGCAUCUUAUGUUGACUUCACGCGCUAAAGAAACACAUGAAUCCGGCAUGGACAUAAUCCAGGGGCUUAGUCCCCAUUUCACCACCACCGAGACAUUUAUUUCUGGUGAGAACAGGGUUUACAGCAGCCUACUGCUUGCUUCAGAGGGCAGCACCCAGGUGCGGGGGGCUCUCAUUUCUCUGUGAAUAUGCAUGUUUAUGGGAUCAGUGUUGGUUUUCUUUUACGCAGAGCGUAGGAUCUCCCUUUACAUAGGCCGGGAAGGCUGGAAAGGUUUCCUCUGGCCCCCUUCCAUGUCUGUUUGAGAGCGCAGAGCCGGGGGCUAAGCCUCCAACGUGCCCCCUCUCAAACAGCGGAGCAGAGGAUGUCAGCGCUGCUCGGGGUGGGCCCUGCGCUCGGUGAACCUCCCUUUUCAGCGCAGAAAGCAAAGCGCUGCAGGGGCCGUCGAGGCAGAGGGGCUCCCGAGCUUUGCUGAAAGCCCACAGACCAGCAUCCUGUCCUCCGUGUGCAUGUGGUUAAGGGUAGGUGGGGAAAAAGUUAAUUGUUAGUAAGCUCUCAUAGAAACACAGUUAUCUUUGGUUUUAAGCUCCAUGAGUAUUCGGUGGGGGUUAAGGCCUGCUCUUCUGCCUGGCUACAGCUGCUCCUGAGACCAGCCAAAUGGAAGCAGGAGCACAGAGGCCAUGUUCGGAGGAAGGACUUUGCCCCUUCCAGGUUUAUAUUUUGUUAUCCGGGCAAGGCUGCUUUCAUUGGGAAAACACCAGUUGCCUGUCCCGAGCCUUUUUUCAAGCUGUCCUGAUGGGAAGGGGAAAUGAAGCGCAACCAGCUGCUACCCAGAGCCAACAGCAGGACUGCAGGUGCAGCCCAGACUUCUGCACACAUACCCAUCCUCCCCUUCAGGGCUCGGGCUUCAGUGGGACCCAGCCUCUGCCCCACCUCCCUUUUUACAGAGUGGGAUCAACUGCCUGCUCCAGGGGACUGCUACAACAAAAUGUUUACAGUCUGGCAACUUCCAGCUCCCACAGGCAGAAGUGAGGGUUCUUCCCAUGGGGCUCUUCUCCCCCAGCUCUCGGGUGGCUGAUGAGUUUCGAGGGGCUAAAAAGAGCCCCUGGAAAAGAUGGGGCAAUAGUGCUGUUCCAUUCAGAGCUGCAGCUGGGAUGGGUGACUCACUGCUCUCCCCACACCAAAGGGAGAGCUGGCAAAGGCUAGGCUUAACUUUCCCACCAGUGCUUUAUUUUUAACCUGAGCCCUUACAUGGGCAAUUGUGUGAAUUUUGGCCAGUGGCCUUUCUCUUCAGUAACUUCUUUUCGUCUGGACAAUCUUGGUGCUGUGAGUGACUGUGAUUGUAAAACUUGGUACUGUGAACUUUUCCUAUGUGAUGUGAGAUGUGUUGAGGGGAUGCUAAGUUCCUGGCCAAAGGAGGUGCAAUCACAGGUAUAUUAUGCUUGUACAGAUAUUUGUUUCCUUGCACCUUCCUUUUUCAGCAUUAAACAGAUAGUAAAAGCUCAGAAAGAACUACAGUUUUAUUCAAGAGAGAAUGAGAUGAUACCUGUACCCAGGAGUAUUCCAUGCUUCAGUCAAGCAGCUGAAGGAAAAAGAAAAACAAAACAAAGCAAAUUUGCCAAGAAACAAAGUGAAGGAAAAGCUAUUCACCCCCCAACUAUGUUUUGCUGCUCCUACGGCCAAGUUCACAGUAGCACCAAAGCACGUAGAAGAACGUCCGUAAUACACCGAAGCAUAAGCAUAGUUGAGACACUUGAAGAAUCACAACAGAAUUAUUAACAAGUCUUACUUCAGUGCCCCUUUAAAGCACGUAACAAAGUUGCUGUUUCAACAGCCAGUGCCUUUUCCCAUUUAAGACAUUAUUGAGAAAAUGGCAUAUUUGAAAUUUAUCUAGCCAUGGCAUAUUUAAACCCUUGACAGUGAAAACACAAUUCAAAUUUGUCCGUGGAUGCAAAGGUUGCCUGGGACUGAUGACCCUGAAAAAUGAUGCUUCUGUUGCAUAGAAUUCCUUUGUAGAAAAAGUGGUUCUUUGUAGUGCCAUGGUUUCUAGGUUGUUAGUCAAUGUGCUGUUUGGAGAGCGUAAAGCUCUUGUAGUAGUUGGCUGUACACAGAAGCCCCCUUGCAACUGAAAGGGCAGCUCGGCUGCCACUUCGAUUACUUCUUAACAGAGAAACAUUUAAAGCUCUUCAAUGUUUUGUUUAUAAGCCUGCUCCUCCUUUUGAAUUCCUUUCUCUUCAGUAAUUGAGCUCUCACUUCCAUUUAAACCCUUCUGCCGCAUAAUAGAUCCAUUUGCAGAGAGAGCUAGAGGUACCAUUAAAGUGCAAACAAUACCUCACCUUAUGCACCUUGCACACCUACUGUAUAUUCUGCCAGCAUUAAAUUACUGGUCCAGGUCAAUAACACUUUGCUAAACAAAGUUGUGCCAUACUAAGACAUAUGUCCCUUGGGAUUCUGUUACAAGCCUUGUAACACAACUCAGCUAUUUAGCAUUUUAUUGCUCUCUGUUUGCUAUCCUGACAAAAGAGAUGACUACUCCCAGGAGGGGAAACUGAAGUGAGAGAUGAGGCCUGUGGCCAAUGGACACUUGGCAUCCCCCUGGCAUUAAUCAGAACUUGUAUUUUUUAAAAAGCAAGAUUGUUAAAAUAAAAUUAGAAACUUGUGACUUA